AUGCGCAUGGAGCCCACUGUGCAGGACGCGGCGAUCGCGGCCUUCCACGCCCUCGGCCACUCGAGAACGCAAGCGGUGCAGCGCCGCGGACUGGAGUUAGAAGUGGCACACUACCCUCUCUCGUUUGAGCACUUCACGUACGCGGAGACGGAGUUUGUGAACGUGCUUCUCGCCGCCGGCAACUUUGACGUCGGCGUUGCAAGGCUCGACUCACAUGAGAAGGGCCAAGUUGAGAUGUUUGAACCCCACCCUGCGUGCGACAUCCCGGAGGCUGUCGUUGACAGUGUGAUUGGCCGGACGCUCCAAGGCUUUCUGCACAUGCCGCCAGUGACGUCCGACGGGUUCAAGUGUCCACGCUACGUGCUCGUGUUUUGGCCCAAGCGCCACCGCGUCUGCGUGGUCGACGUCGUCGGUGUCUUGGACUUCCUCUCCGGUGUGCGCGCGGCAACGACGACGACGACGGGUACCUCGGCGUCUCGGAUACGCACGAGCUGGUGCUGGGUGUGA